UGGGACGAAUGAUUCGUUCAUUAAGUGUUUACAGUGGGUUGGCCAGCGAACAAUUCCGUAUCACGUGAUAUCAGUCUUUGAAAUCAUCAGGUUCGCGCUCAAGUUUCAAAGUAUCUCGAGCUUCCAUCACAACAGCAGCCCCUCGCAGAACCACGCACCACCCUCUGUUCGACGACUUGUCUCUCAUUACUACACCCAAACUCCAAAGGGGACGAUUUUACACGGUCAUGCAACAUGCCGCGCCCGUCGAGCCUCUCCUAUGCUUCGAGCUAAAAGCAUGAUCCAUAUCUGUACUGGACCCUCUUCACCUUCUUCUCUCUGCUCGCACAAUCAUUAGCAGCUUCCAGCGCCUCAUGCUACCGACGAAUCUUCGAAACUAAUACUAGAAGCUUCGACAUCUCUACAACGACUGCCAACAGUCCCCACACAUAAUGGUUGGCUCUAGGAGAAGAGAACAUAAUGGGCCAACAUUGUGGCUACUCAAUGGAUACAUGCCACACAUUAAUGGCACAUACAAGGCAGCUCUGCGGAGGCUCAGAAACGGCCCGUUAGAGCAAUUUGGAGACUUGGAAAGGAAGUUCUUCAAGUUAGGACACUACGAGCUUUGCACCACAACUCACCAUGGCCAUCCCUCCAACAAAAACACGACACUUCUCUGGUCAAAUCAUCGCAUAACAAAGGUUGGCUUCAGGAGGAGAGGAUUUGGACCAAUGCUGCCGCUCUAUAAGGAUACGCACUCCACAAUCACGAAAUUUGUGCAAGGUAUACCUCCGCAGAUGCUCAGAAGACUCAACCAAAGGAAAUGGAAGACUUGGGGAGGAAGUCCAUCAAGGUCAUGGACAACAAGCUACACCCAGCAUUUGUUUAUGCCCAUUUCUCAAUCCGGACACUACACUUCUCACGUCGAAGUUAUCGGAGGGCCUCUGGCCUGCCAUGGUACCACCCUUCUCUCAUCAAGGCUACCCCACGGCUUCUGAUCAGCCUCGAGUACAAGGCAAGGAGAAUCGAAUUUUAAGGCACAAGUGUGCACGACACAAGCGCUCCUACAACCUGGCACCUCACGCUCGAUGAUCAACCCACCAACUGGCCCCAGGCCUUCACAGGCAACAAAACAAACAUUCCAAUCCCUCCCCCCGAAAAAGGGUUUACAAAUGCAGCUUGAGUGUAUAUGUAAUGACAGUUUCUACACUCAUCCGCAAAAAGGGGUACAAACAGCGCUUUCGCUUCGUCUUUCUUCCUCUCUUCCCUCCAUGUCGGUUGCUUUUAUCCUAUCUCUUCAGCUUCUCAA